AUAUAUAUAUAUAUAUAAUCUUGAUAUUGUUCCUCAGUGUACUUUAGGCAUUAAUAUAAUUUUUUAUUUGUGAUUCAAAAUCACAAUUGUUGUUUUAAUUAUUUAGAGUAAUUUUUCUCUCAGCUGCUGAACUGCUUGUCAAUUUUUUUGUCAUUAAAGGUUUCUUUUGAAACACUGAUGAUUCUGCUGCCAUUGAGAUACGGCAACUUUUCUAACAUAUUUAAAAGGAAUCCUCAGAUGCUGACUGACUGAAUGGGUUUUCUAAUGAAGUCACAAGUCUCCAUGCUUCCUCCUUAUGUUCUUUGAGAAAAAAGAUGGUCUUGUUUUGUGUUCAAAUAUUUGUGGCCUUAUCGAGCACAUGGGGAUGUCGUACAAAGCAGAUGAAUGGAGGCUCUUCAUUGAUUCUUCUAACAAAAGUUUAAAGGCUGUUCUUCUCUACAAUGGCAACGCAGCUGCAUCUGUGCCAAUUGGCCAUAGUGUCCAAAUGUCAGAAACUUACGAAAAUAUGAAGACACUUUUAACUGCAAUCAAGUACCAUAAUCACAAUUUUCUCAUUUGUGGUGAUUUAAAAGUUAUUGCUCUCCUACUAGGUCUUCAAGGGGGAUACACCAAUUAUCCCUGUUUUCUGUGUCUCUGGGAUAGUAGGGCAGACAGCCAGCACUAUGAACAAAAAUACUGGCCACCAAGAACCAGCUUCUUACCCGGAGAUCACAACGUAAAAGCUGUGCCACUAGUUGACCCCAAGAAAAUUCUGCUACCGCCACUCCACAUCAAAUUAGGGCUUAUGAAAAAUUUGGUGAAGGCCCUGAACAAGAAUGGAGCUGCUUUCAAGUACCUGGAGUCAAAGUUUCCUCGUAUAAGUGAAGGCAAGCUAAAGGCAGGAAUCUUUGUUGGCCCUCAGAUUCGGGAAUUGAUGAAGGACAUGCAUUUUGAGGAAGCAUUAGCUGGUGUCGAGGUGAAUGCCUGGUUUUCCUUCAAACAGAUUGUCCAAAACUUCUUGGGAAACAGCCGCUCUCCAGAAUAUGAAAAACUGAUCCAAGACCUGAUUUCAAGUUUCCGGCAACUUGGGUCUAGAAUGAGUGUGAAGAUGCACUUUCUGCAAUCACAUCUUGACUAUUUUCCCAAGAAUUGUGGGGACUACAGUGAGGAACAGGGAGAGCGGUUCCAUCAGGUUAUAUGCACCAUGGAAACUCGAUACCAGAGCAAAUGGAAUGUCAGCAUGAUGGCGGAUUACUGCUGGUCAUUGAAACGUGAUGGUCCCGAUGCACAGCACAAGCGGAAAUCAAAGCGGUCCUCCUUCCUUUGAAUCAAUAUGUAGGCUAACUAUUAGGAGCAUCUUUUUGUUUACAUUCAUUAGAUUUUAUGUUGAUUAUUCUGCUUCAUUUCAUGAUAAACGUAAUUAAUUUCAUGGUUAUUUGGAAUACAUUAAUAAUUAAUUAUAUAUUAUUAUAUUAUAUCAUAUUUAAAAAUCAUUAAUUUGUAUUUUAUUAAAAAUCCUUACGUGAUAGAGCAAAAUGGUGGAGAUAUUUAAAAUCAGCAA